AACUGGCGGUUAAUCGAUAAAAAGAUGAGAUAUAUUCAAAUGCAACUAUUCCUGAUCUUAGCCAUCCUUGCCUACUCUGUGCAAGGCCUUCUCGGAAUCGGACGGCUCCAGUCGGUUGCCGUCAGCGGCCGGCUCAUCUGUGAUGGCCGACCGGCGGCUGGAGUGAAGGUUAAGAUGUAUGAGAAAGAGUUUUUCCUCGAUCGAAAAAUGGCCGAAGUGUACACGGAUGUUAACGGCGUUUUCCAGAUUACUGGUAGAAAACGUGAAAUUUCGACUAUCGACCCGAAGGUGAACGUAUACCAUAAGUGUAAUUACGCUGGAAUCUGCUAUAAAAAGUUUGGUAUCACAAUUCCCGACGACUAUAUCACUUGGGGAUACUCGCCGAACAGAAAUUACGAUAUUGGCACUCUAAACUUGGCAAAUAAGUAUACCGGAACAACUACGGAUUGUUUGAAUUAAUAUAUUUUUUUUUUUUUCAUUCUUCCCUUAUUUUUUAACCCUUAAAACGAUUGAAUAAUUCUCAUUAAAUAAAACUAGUUUUU